AAUAGAGAAGCCAUUGGCCUACAUGUGCAGUGUGAUGCUAUGUUGGAAAAACUAGCCGCUUCAAAAAUUAGGGCAGCUGCAAGCCUGCAACCAUCGGGACCGAGGAUCAUAUACUGCAGCACAUGACUGGAGUAUUGGAUAAGAUACAAGAACCAUCAAUCAGUAUGGACGACUUCGACAUUGAACUUGAUGAGAUGGAAUUAGUAGCAGUAGCUGCAGGUUACCAUUAUUAUAAUAGCCUUAUGAAGCAGCCAGCUCGCAGCUUGUCACCAAAAGGAUUUUUCAUGGCCGAGCUAAUGAGUGGCCCUGAUCAUUUAUGGCGGGAAAUGUAUAGGAUGGACAAACAUGUCUUUCAUAAAUUGAGCGACAUUCUUCGACAGAGAGACAUGCUACGUGACACACCUGGUGUCGUGAUAGAGGAACAAUUGGCUAUUUUCCUGAAUAUUGUUGGUCACAAUGAGCGUAACCGAGUAAUACAAGAACGGUAUCAGCAUUCUGGAGAGACAAUUAGUAGGCAUUUUAAUAAUGUACUGAAAGCAAUUAAGUCUCUGGCAAGUGAAUUCCUCCAACCACCAUCUCUCACUACCCCAACAGAGAUCCGCAAAAGCAAUAGAUUAUACCCGUACUUUGAGGACUGCAUUGGAGUUAUAGAUGGAAUGCAUAUUCCCGCACAUGUUCCAGCGAAAGAUCAGUCCAGAUUUCGCAACAGAAGAGGCGUUUUAUCACAAAAUGUCUUGGUAGCCUGUACAUUUGAUCUCCAGUUCAUAUUUGUGUAUCCUGGUUGGGAAGGCUCUGCUGCAGAUUCACGUGUGCUAAGAGCGGUUCUCAGUGAUCCGGAUCAGAACUUCCCCAAAGUUCCCGAAGGUAAAUAUUACCUUGUUGAUAUGGGAUACGAUAACAUGGAUGGAUUUAUGGCUCCAUACGAAGGAGUCCGCUAUCACCUGCACGAAUAUCGAGGUGCUAAUCUCUUACCUAGGAAUGUUAAAGAACUAUUCAAUCACCGCCAUGCAUCUGUAAGCAACGCGAUCAGGAGAUCUUGCAAUGUUCUGAAGGAAAGAUUCCCGAUUCUCAAACUUGCCCCUCAAUACGCUUUCCACAUACAGAGGGACAUUGUUAUAGCUGCAUGCGUGAUACACAAUCACAUCCGGCGCGAGGAGGAGAACGAUUGGUUGUUCCAUAGCAAUGAUAUCCCGGUCGAUGAGUCCCCUGAUCUCGACGAACAGCCUGAUCUGCAACCGCCUUUCUCCGUUCACGAGCAGAUGGCAUCAGAACGACGAGACACAAUUGCUGCAAUGAUGUGGAACGACUUUAUGAAUAAGUGGGACGAGUGGUGACGAGCAGCAGAUGGUGUGUUGGAAAGUGAUGUUCAAUCCCAGCCCAUGUUCAUAGCAGAGGUAUGUUAAGGUGGAACUUACUUUUUCUUUCUUCUUUUGGUCAGGAAGAUGCUACACUUAGAUAGAUGCCCAUCCACUUUAUAUGCAUCUCAACUUUGUUUCUUUAUACUGAUAGAGUAAUCUAUUUAUUAUCUCUUUUCAUGGAGUAGUCUGGCUUGAGACGGGUCAAGAUUCGGAUUUGAACUUGCGUUUCAACAUGUUUGUAUGUGCAAACAUGUUGUCGGAUUUGAAUCUGGAUCUUAACUUGUCAUGGUGAGACAGUCUCACCUGAGUUUGUUUUUAGUUAUUCGUCAAGUCAUGAUUGAUCAUAUACUCCCUCCGUCAUCAAUACAUUUUGUCAUUUUGGACUGUCCGGAA